AUGGACGCAGUGCUUCUUACUCAUCGACACAGCGUCGCGAUGCUGACGGCGUCCAGGAGGGCACCACAGGCCGGCCGUCAUGUGGCGGUGGUUGUGUGGUGCAGAUGCGGCAUGGCCCAACAGGCAGAGGCUCCACCGCAGCGAAUGGCAGGACGGGGCGAUGGCUCGCGCGAUAGUAGCAGCACAGACGCCAGGCGCGCAACCGAUCGCGAUGACGCCAAGCGCCGGCCUCGCGUUCCGAGGGCGUGUCAGGCUGGCGACGAGUGCCCAUGGCUGCUGGACGGGCACAGAGGAUGCAGAUGGCGCAAACGCCUGUUGGCAGGCACGCCGUCCACACACAGCAGCGAUCGGCUGGGCAGGCCUGAGGCCGCUCGUCGCCUCCAGACGCAGACAAGCGCUCGUGCCUCUCCCUCUGCGAUUAGCAGCAGCAUGCGCCUGGCGAUCGGCGUUGUCCCCUCCAGGCCUAGCCAGCCCGACGUGAAUCCAUGCUCGAAUCACCCAAGCGGGGAUGCACUCUAG